AUGCCUCUAUGCAAUGCAACUGAUUUAUGUUAUGAAGAAUGUUCCAAUGAAAUACAUAAUUGUACAUCCACAAAGUUUAAUACAGGAUUUUCGUCACCUACAGCACCAUUUUCAUGGAUAAUAGAUGAUAUUAAAGAGUUUGUAAAUUCGUUGAAUGUACCAUUAUCAGAGAAUUGGGAGGAAUCACGGCGAACAGAAAUUCCAAAUAGUUAUGUUCCUAUUGAUUUUGCCUGUGAAUCAUUUAUGGUCGAACGUUUCGAGCAAUCAUAA